CACCACGCAUACCACUCAACCUCGACCCCCAAGAAACGUGAUCGCGCUGUCCCAGGUACAGGGUUACCAGCUUCCCAGCCUUUUCCCACAGUCGCAUACCCUUUGCAGACGUCCCUCCUUUCGGCAUUCGUAAUCUGAAGCCGUGUGUGUUGCUAUCUUAGCCCGUCCGCUCCCCGGUCAACUUUCCCUCCCCCUUCCGCCAUUGAGGCCCAACACCUGCGAAUCAAACUGCCACAUUGCAUGAGGACUCGAUAGAUGCCGCCUCAUGUCAAGCUCCCCCAUUGAGCCCGAAAAUGCCGCAUCCACCGCAUCGGUGAGACCUGGGCAGGGACACAAAAACUCUCGGGAUGGCAAACUUCCCAAGACAACACAAUGGAACCCACCUCCACGAACCAAGUCGGCCUCCUUGUUGACACAAGCUCUAGCAACGACCUACGAAGUUGACGAAGGCUCUUCGACCGCCUCUACACCUCUACCCUCUUAUAUCCACCAGCUGCAUUCGGAAUCAAGCACUCUACAGACAGAGACGCCUUCAAAGGAGGCGCAACAUCACAAUGGCAUGACAGGAGGGAAAGAGACAGCUGAGAACAUGACAAUGGUUGCUUCACUGUCUGCAGGUAACCUGCGGGCAUCACUUACUCUUGGGAACACACCUACCUCGCCAUCCACGGCUUUCGACAUGAACGAUGUCAGUGCGAUGCUCGCCCACCACCGUGAUUUCUUGGGCACCACCCAGAUUAGAGGUACUUCUUUGGAGCGUACGGCGAAGGAGAAGAGAGUCCAAGAAUUACCAGCAGGUCUUUAUUCGACCAAUCCAGGAGAUACUGGCAUGAUUGUCGAAUCUCUACCACCGCGAACCCCCACUUCCCCAGACUCGAUAUCAAGCAACCCCCCGACUGAUGGCAUGCGAGCGCAGUACAGGUCUUGGAGAGACGUUCGGCCAGGAAUAGCUGCUGAGAAAACAUGGUCAAUUGGUGGACAGGGUCGAGAUCCUGGCCAUGGUGGGCAGGUUGAAAAGAGUAUUGGAGAAGCGCUGGCUGGGGUCGAACCAAACAGUCGAAGCAGGAAAGCGUCACACAGUCUUGGUUUGUUCAAAGAAGGUCUUCCCGAUGACAAGUCAAAUUCGCGCGACAGCAGCAAUGCAAGCCGCCUUCGAGAUGUCUUUACGCAUAGUAGAGCGCUUUCGGCAGUGGGCAGCUCAGGACUUCAACAAGGGCAGGAAACAAACACCAGGAGACCCAGAGGUAUUGAGAGUCCAAGCCGACCAGACUGGCGAAGCCCUUCAAAUUCUCCUUUCGAAGAUGAGAGGCCAUCAUCAAAGUACGGUCUGGACUCAAUUAUGAAUCCUACGGACGGGCUAGCUCCUGAUACUGGCUAUUUCGACAUGUCUCAUAGCAUCGAGACUGUUACUGAAGAGCAAAUCCGGAAGAUGCCACCCAACCUACUUGCCGAUAUUCGAAAGCAUCACAACUUGACUCCUGGUGCUACCAAGGGCUCUUCAUUUUCGGGCAGCAUACCUGUGCCAACGUCUGAAAAGCUGCAAAACAGGACUAAUGCCGAAGAUCAAAUGGCUAAAAGCCACCUGGAGACUGAGGACGAUCUCUACGAUGGACCAAGCCUAUCCCAUGUCAAAUCCACAGAUGAGGGCAACGAUUCUGGGGAAGAGCACGUUUUCAGAGCCUUGUUUGUUCCACAUCAAAGCAAUCACCAAGUCCAAGAUGUGACCGGACAAGCGCUCAAAGCAGAUGCAAGAACACCCGCUGUUAAACCAUCUGUUGAAGUGACCUCGCAACAGUGGUUGGAAGAGCAUAAUAUUCCAUCACGUGACUCUCAAGAGAAAAUUGAAGCCGAUACACUGUCCACCCCUCACAUAGCUUCAACGCAGGACUUCAGCCAAGAAACAGUGACAUCUUCUUAUCACGCAGAAACCGAUCCGAGCACCGCAUCUACGACUGAUACUGCUCUCAUCAAGACAGAGCCUAUCACGAAUGGACAUAGUCAGUAUGUCCAUGAUCACCAACUCGAGGUGACAGAGCCCCUCUUUGCCAUUGAGUUGAAACCAUAUCGUCAUCAAGUUGGUGGCCAUACCACGAUGUGGAAGUUCUCGAAACGGGCAGUAUGCAAGCUUCUGAACAAUCGCGAGAAUGAGUUCUACGAGAGGAUUGAGCAUUAUCACCCGAAAUUGUUGAGCUUCAUGCCAAGAUAUAUUGGCGUGCUCAAUGUCACUUAUCGAAAAGAACGCCGCAGAUCUACCAGAAACGGCGACAAUAGUACGAUCACAGCAAGCCAAGAGCCAAUUUCAAAUAGCUCUCGAGAUCAGAUUGUUGCCCAGACCACAGAAGAUUCAUCAAAAGCUAAUGGUCACGCUUCUGUCAGUCAACAGUCGGCUCCGAGAAUGAUAAGCCAAUCUCUCGAUGCAGCCACGCAACCAAUUCCAACAGUCACUUUUGCAGAUAACAGACAUAUUAUUCCGUCAAACUUUCUGAUACCACGUCCCCACCUUUCAGAAACCCAUUAUCGAGCACAUAGUGAUAGUAUCGCUUCAUCAACCUCAGCCCGCUUCUCCAAUAGCAGUAUACAGCCAGAUGAUGGAAUUCAUUCCGCUCAAUCAACGACGACUCAGAAUCCUUGGGGAAAGACGAAUGUGAACAAGCAGUUGAGGAAUGAGGUUUUCAAAGAUGCGUUUCUCGCGCCUGUUCCCAUUCAACCUCACAAGAAGCCUGCUUCUCUGAUUCGUCCCCUGCCAAGCCGGCCUGGUGCAACGCUUCGGCCGUCGAACUCUGAAUCCAGCUUGAAAGCAGCACAGCAAAGCCAAUUGGUUGCAUCAACGCCACAGGAAGAUUCGAUUCGGAAGAAAGCUAUGAAAUCAGCGGCAGAGAAGGUGCAAGAAGCUACAGAUCAAAGUGCAAAGCAAACGGGCGCGGACGAAAACCCCGAGAGAACUGAUGCGAAUGGCGAUACCACUAGUGCUGCUGAGGCUGAAUUUGAUGGCAGAGCAGGUACAAGUGCGCCUGAGACUGAGAUGGCAUAUGCAGAAGGAUCCUCGAGCGGUAGGCGUCAAAGGCGUUAUUCUAGCGGUGGCCUUCGUCGGAAGCCGACUGAAGUUGCGGAAAGCCGGGGAGAUCUGAAGUACUUUGAGGAAGCUGAUGAUGCCGGGUACAAAGGUGAUGUGGAAGAUGAUGUGUUUUCAAUGGAUCUUGAGCUUUCAAAGCUUAACCCAUCACAUCCGGCACACAAAGUCAAAGAAGCUCCUCCAACGAACGAUUAUCGUGACACAGAGCCUGGAACUCCUGUGUCAACAGGCGACAAUUUAUCUACGAAUGGCACCUUGAAUAUGGACCUUCCAAGACCUGUCAAUCCCAAGGAGGCCCGAGCUCGACCAGAUUCGCGUUCAGAGUAUUUCCUGCUCCUCGAGGAUUUGACGUGUGAUAUGAAGCGACCUUGUGUGAUGGACCUCAAGAUGGGUACUCGUCAAUACGGUGUAGAGGCGAACGAGAAAAAACAAAAAUCGCAGCGUCGUAAGUGUGCAGAAACGACCUCGAAGCAGCUUGGUGUGAGAGUUUGUGGGGUACAGGUGUGGGAUGUGUCAAAGCAUGAUUACGUUUUCCAGGAUAAGUACUCUGGCAGGAACCUGAAGGCCGGUCACGAAUUUCAGGAGGCGCUCACUCGUUUUUUGUACAAUGGUCUCGACUACUCUAGUGUUUUGAGGCACAUUCCGGCUAUCCUUGAGGAGCUUUCUCAACUCGAGCUUCUCGUCCAAAGCCUCGCUGGCUACCGGUUCUAUGCUGCUAGUCUCCUGAUGGUGUACGAUGGCGAUGUCGAAGACCCGGACACGAUGGGACCGAAGGAGCGAGAAGAGCGUCUGAAGGGGAGAAAUAUUGCAGUUAAGAUGGCAGAUUUUGCCAAUUGUGUUACUAAAGAAGAUUUCCAUGCAGAUGAGCGCCCUUGUCCACCGAGGCAUCCAGAUCUGCCCGACAAUGGCUUUUUGAGAGGUCUGAGGAGUUUGCGGCGUUAUUUCAUGAUGAUUGAGAGAGACAUUUGUCUCAAAAUGGGCAUCGAUUCGGCGGAGUUCAAAAUUGGACCCAAUGAAUUUUCACUGGAUGGUGUAGACGAAGAUGAUGAAGGAAACAUCAGUUACUGACAGAGUAUCUCUUCAUGAAGCUUGUGGAACGGAAUGAUGUUGUUCAAUUCGGUUGUAUUGAGUCUAGGGUUGGGAACUGGGCAUGGAAUGGUUUAUGAUAGCAUUAUUUUGGCGCUGGACGGAUGGGGACUACCCUGCAUUGACAAAGGCGUUCAGGAAGUAUUUGUAGAUACCUUUUUGAACAUUCUGCUUGGAGGGAAUCGGUGC